UCCUUUUUUGGCAGCAAAGUGAAUUUCUUGUUAAAUAAAUGUAAAGCUAAAAUUAAAUAAAUUUUCUCUCGAUUUUUGGACUUUACAAACCCAUUAAUCUUUUGAUCGAGCAUACGCUUAUCUGUGCUUGUAGAUCUCUGGAGACAAAUGUGCGUGCUUAUCAGAAAUCCCCGAACCCCCGCAGUACAAAUACACAUGCGUAAAAACAUAUGCCUAUGAACGAGCUCGAAGAAAGUAAUAGAAUUUUCAGAAACAAAUCCAAACAAUGACAGCUGAUUCCAGUGCACGUAAUGUUUUUCGAAAGAAUGGCGUUGCCGGCUUGGGCAACAACGGUCAUGGUCGAAAUCUUAUUACGACAGCGAAUCCAUCAGGCGGGAGUAGCGCCUCCCUGCUCCAGAAGCAGUUGUCCUUUAAAACACCCGUCGGCUCGAAGCAAAUGGGCAAAUCCGAUGAAAUCGAAAUGAUAGACAGCUCAAACAUCGAAAACUUCAAUACCCGAUAUAAUAAGAACAGCAUCAUUGGAUGGAUAUGCUGCGCACCAUGCAUUUGGCUGCGAACAUCGGCAGCGGUGCACAAAAUGGCCAUCACCUCGGCCACAUUAUUGGUGACCACAUUACUGGUGGCAUCGCCCAUUCUAUUCUUGAUAAGCACGGCACCCUCACCUCUCCCGAGAGAUUGCUACAUGGACGGAGAUCGGUGCUCGCCCGCCGUCUCAACCCCGCCGGAGUGCACGGAUCCCAUUUGCGAAGCGGUGGCCUCCAGCAUUCAAGCCAGGCUCAAUUGGAACAAGGACCCGUGCACGGAGUUCAAGAAGUUCAGUUGUUGGCGCAACACCCGAAAUAAAAAUAUAACAAACCUCAUUGAAAUGGGAAACUCCCAGAAAAGCGUUGAUUCACAAAUGCUGUAUCUUUUUCAGAACAAGAUAAUGAACGACAGCUUUAAUGUAUUGCACAAUUUGUACGAAAGCUGCCUGCAGCAAACAACUAACUCAACUAUUAUGCACAGGAUAUUCGAUUCCUUGGGCGGAUAUCUACCUGUUGGCUCCGUGGGACCUUCGACUAUAGCACCUUUGAUAGCAAAGAUUUAUGAUCUCGGUCCUAGCCCAUUAGUAGACUUAUAUUAUGAUCUAAGCUACGGAAGAAGGCCGCACAUUCUUCUAAUUAUCAGUGGACCCAGCACAUCGUCAACUAUUCUUGAGCGUAAAAUACGUUGGAUGAGCCCCAAAGCACCGCCCAGUCGUAUUCGACAAGGGCUACCAAAACUGUUAGCCGAUUUAAUUGAAAAUUUUCUACCGUAUUUUGUGUCAUACGCUCAAAGAGUAUCUGAGAAGGAUACUAUUUUUGAAUUCAUUAAGGACCUAAACAAGCUUCAAGUCGAGCACUCUCGCCGAGGAUUUUGGGAUAGUACUGUAUUAUAUAAUGUAUCCAGUCUACAAGACUUGUACCCAGUUCUAAAUUGGACACUGUUAAUCCCACAGAACUGGAGUGGACCCAUCGUUGUUAGGAAUAGUGAUUAUCUAAAAGCCUUAGAAUAUUUUCUUACAAAGUACCCAACUAGAGUUGCACACAAUUCACUGCUAUUGCUGAGCGCUUUAGAAAUAUUGCCCAGGGAUCAUCCAAGUCCCGAGGUGUGCACGCGAUCUACAAUGUGGGCUUUACCCGAACUGUCAUCGUCCUUAUAUAUUGCUCAACACUCCUCCGAAGAUUUAAAGGACACAACCAAACGAGCUGAGAUAAUUUUUAAAUCUCUAAAAGCACAUUUAAAGAGAGCGCCUUCGUUGAAAGGAGCUGCUCUAGUCAAACUAUCAGCAUUAAAGAUCCAGUCACAGACCUGGGAGGGAUUCUCAAACACAACGGAUUUAUUAAAGACUCUUCAAACUUUGGACAUAACCGCAGAAUGCUGGUUUCAAAACAUUUUAGAGAUAUACAAGAAGAACAAAAUGGAAGCAAAUGAUAUAAGCUUGAACGGAGGAUCCCACGAUGCUUGGGCAUACCCCAUUGUGUCAACCAUAUUUUAUGAUACGUUGAGCCACUCAAUCGUUGUCCCAUUAUCUGUCAUACUCAUACCGUAUUUUAAUACUGUGUUGCCUCCAUAUUUGCAUUAUGCUUCUGUUGGUGUUUCCAUUGCAAAAGAGAUUUUGCGAUCCAUCACAAAAUCGUUCGACGAAAAGGCAAUGCGUUGUGUUCCGCAUUCUGUAAAUAUAUUCUCGAACUAUAGCCGAAUGGAUAUUCUGAUACAUUCAGGAGGAAUGCAGAUUUCAUACCACUCAAUGCUUUCGUUAACUGGUCCUAUUAAAGGAAUGGCCAGACUACCUGGCCUUAAUUUAACGCCGACCCAAAUCUUCUUUUUAGUUUCCGCUCAGGAGCUUUGUGCUGAAUCGAACUACCUGGGCAUCGAUACAAACGCUCCCGAGUUUGAUAAUAUAUUGGGUUGGCUCGUUGCCCAGGGUGGAAGUGCGACUGAAGUUUUCAAAUGUCCAUCGGGAUCUAUGAUCAAUAUACAAAAAACCUGCAAUGUGCUUUAAAUAUUAUUUGAUCGUCACCUUCGAAUAUUUACUUUGUCUACGAUCCGAAUACAGUUUAAAUAUUGUAGCUUUAGAGACUUACCUAUUAGUAUUGUUUUAAUUUGAGAUGUAAAAUGUAUAUUUUCAAUAAAUAUACUGUU